CGUUCGGCACCAAUAUUUUCGGCACAUUUCUGCUUACGUCAUAAUUGGCUUGUUGAUUAUAGAUACCCCAUGUUUACUUCGGUGUUAUUUCUUCAGUCAGUGCUAGUCUGAGCGUUGCGGCGCGCGCGUCCGACUCCCGCACACUCUAACCAUGUGCAUCUGUGAUCUCCGCAAUGAGAAAUUUAGCGAAACUCCUUAUCUUAGCAUCGUUCCUUUUUGUUAUUUUGUUCCUUUAUUUAACCUUGAGAGAAUGGAAACAUUCCGAACAACAGUUAGACAAAAUCUUCAAAAUAGAGCAAAAUUGGACAACAAUCGCUGAAAAACAUGGAAAAAGUGAAAUGAAAAUGAAAUACAUUUUACAGUGGACUAAUCCGAAAAAUGUGCCAUUUGUGUAUAUGGGUGUGGGCCAGCAAACGUUUAUCGAGCGAAAGUGCCAGUUUACUAACUGCUACGUCACUAACGAUAGGAAUUUCCUGGGGGACGUUACCAAGUUCGACGUGGUUGCGUUUUCGGGAACCGAACUCAUCGCUUGGCCUCUGGACCAAAUAAAACCUAAAAACCGAUCGCCGCACCAGAAAUAUGCUUUUACUAACAUAGAAUCAGCUGACAACUAUCCAUUCUGCUCUCACAUGUUGGAUAACUUUUUUAACUGGACGUGGACAUACAAGUUAGACUCAGAAAGUAAAUGGGGAUACAUAAUAGUAAGAGAUGCGAAUAAUAAUGUGAUAGGUCCGAAGAAAAAUAUGCAUUGGAUGAGGUUAGAAGACAUGUACCCUGUAAGUGAAGAGCUAAGUGCACAGUUGAAAAACAAAUCGAGGGCAGCAGCGUGGUUUGUGUCCAACUGUAACACGCGAAGUGGUCGAGAGAAGUAUGUAGAAGAUUUGCAAAGGGAACUAAAGCUUUACAAUUUAUCGAUAGACGUGUACGGAAAAUGCGGACCCUAUAAAUGCAGCCGCGCCGACGAAGAAGCGUGUUAUCAAAAAAUAAAAACAGAUUAUUAUUUUUAUCUCUCAUUCGAGAAUUCACACAGUGAGGACUUUGUGACUGAAAAACUGCUAUCUGCGUUGAAAUACAAUGCGAUACCUAUUGUCUAUGGAGGUGCUAAUUAUACUAGAUUUAUGCCAAAUGGAAUUUACUUAAAUGCACGAGAGCUAGGACCUACAGCUUUGGCAAAGAAAAUGAAACUUCUAAUAGACAAUCCCAACCAGUAUAAAGAAUAUUUCCGAUGGAAAAACCAUUAUUCCUACCACAGAAGAAACGACAACGCAGAGACCGAUGACUACUGCGGUUUCUGUAGUCUCAUCAACGACGAAGAGAUAGUGAAAAAGAUGUCUAUAUAUAAGAACUUUAAAGAGUGGUGGAAUGACCCACAUAGUCGAUGUUUGUGAUGGACUGAGUAGUCUGAGUAUUGUGUUUAUAUUGUGAAUCUCUAUAUUUUUAAAUUUAAACUUAAAGGAAGACUCAGGUUAGACCAGACCGUGGCCCGUAGCCGGCCCGGGGAGGGCUGGAGCGAGCCGACACACGGGCUCUCAGGAGCUCCACCCUUGCCUGGCCGUUCCUAAGUGGAUUUCUAUUCCUAGGUACUUAGCUGUCAAAAUGUUUGCCUAAAACGACUUAAUAGCUAUUAGGAAUAUUAGGAUAAAUAUUAUUAUGCCCUGAAAGAAGAAAUCCAAAGAAAAUAAAUUUCGUGAACGUAGGUAUACGUAAAACCGUCAGCGCCAUCGCGAUUUUGGAUAUAGAAUAUUUUUCUUAUUACUUUGUACCUGUAUAUUGUUGGUAUAUAAUUCCACUCAAUCAUAAUUUCAUUCCAUUUGUCUCUUUAUUUGUAAUCAGCUUUUGUCCGCGACUUCGUCUGCGUGGAAUUAGUAAUUUGGGUAGCUUCCUUUGUAUCCAAAAAAAUUCUUCAAAAACCAACCUAACUAAUCUAUCCAAAAAUUUAAAAAUAUUUUCAAAAUUUAACAAUUUGCCAAAUGAGAAAGUGGCAUAUCUACUAUUUAAUGUCAUAAGAUACUCCUUCAUAAUGACCUGUCAUUUUAACGAGUCGAAUAGGUGCUUGUUCUUAUUUUUAAAAUAUUGUCCUGCCUCAAACUAUCUCCAUAUAAUACCAAAUUUCAUCUAAAUCGGUUCAGCGGUUUAAGCGUGAAGAGGUAACACACAGACAGAGUUGCUUUCGCAUUUAUAAUAUUAGUACAGAUAAUGGAUUCAAUACUUAUUCCGGAAAAUUCCCGGUUAGCUGGGGAUUUUGCAAAUAACAGACAGCAAUUUGGGUUUUAUCAGAACUGAGUCAUGUGUUUAUUCUCGGGAACUCGUGUCGUUAUUCCAUGUUGUGAGCGGAUUUCAUCAACGGAACUCGGUUGCUGUAUAUUAAAUUAGUAAUUUUAUUUUGUUACAAUCGGUGAAUGAACAUGAUUAAGCGAAUUAGCGGCAACAGAGUCACAUAGUUAAGAUAAUCGCAUAAUAGCAAACAUUGUAUAGGUACUUUCUAAUAAGUAUAAUAAAUAGGAAGUUAAAGAAAUACUAUUUACUUUUUUCGAAAAACCUAUCAACUUUUAGGUUAUUAAUGUUUUACUUUUAAUCACGAGGACUAUUUAUAUUAAAAAGGAAAAAAUCAUAAAGGAGUCAAAAAAAUUGUUAGUUGUGCUCAACUCCCCCCCUCCCUGUUGUGUUUCUUGGAAAGGAGGGUGAAUAGGGAUGAAUUUAUGUUGGUAAUUUUAAGAAGAUUAUCCGGUUUUUUAUACCUAUUCACCCUGGCAUUUCUAUUUACCCCGGUUGACAUUAUAUAGAAUACAAUGACAAUAACUAUAAUUUGUGUACCAUCGAGCUGAUCUGAUGAUGGAUCCAGAAGAUGAAUGGUAAAGCCCCUCUAAAUUUCCUUUCGAACAAUGUGAGAAUUUCUUUUCGGUUGUUAUUUAAGUACAGUCAACUGGCAAUAAAUGUGUUUAUAAAACAAAAUAUUUUAGUAGAAACGUAUUUAUACGUUUAUUUAUUUGACAUAUCAUAUCCAUUCCAUACCUAACAAAUCCAGAUCAAACAAUUAGAAUAUGCCCCAUGAACGUUCGACCUCUGUAGGACUUAGCUGUCUGGCCAACUGUGUGGAACGCCCUUUACCAUGACGCGUUUUUUUUUUACUAUCGCCGUGCCGGCUUCUGAUUCUGACAUUGUUUAAUACCCGGCGCCACGUUAUUUCAAACUAUAAAACAAACCAGUUUAAUAUGACCUCUAGAUUCGCAACAAUCAUGAGAAAUUGGAGAGCUGGCUUAAACUGGUUCUUUUAAGCAUUAGAUGUAGUAAGAAAUAGAAUCACACCGCGCGUUGCGAAGUUUUUUCAGUAAAUUUAGAACCUUAAUCGUUAAGUCAUAAAGACUGAUUUAAAACCUCUUCUUGGUUCUUGGUUUGUUGCAGGGCGUUGUUUCCACCAAUACUAAAAUCAUAUAAGUAUUUACUUUCUGUCAUGUUACCAAUAGGUACCUAUAAUUACAUGUACGAGUAUGUUGUUGAAAAGCUGUAAAAUAAAAAAAAAGUUACGUAUAUCU